AAAUGUACUAGUGACAUUUGAACAAAAUCAUUCAACAUGUCGAAUUUAUUAAAUACUUGUUUAAUCCUUCCUUUCAUCGUCUUAUUAAUUUCCACCGAGAUCCAAUGUAAUCAGAGGAACCAAACGACAGUACAGCCUAUAAGAACUGCAAGGGCCACAAAUCAACCGGUUGUUUUAUCGACACCAAAGGAAUGUUUUCGUGACUGUGAUGGAGCACAACCACUUUAUUGUUACUAUCACUUCAAAUUGGAAUAUUUUACAACCAUGGCAACUCCUUGCAACAUCUGUCGAACGAACAGUUUUGAGAGAUCAAAGAAUCAAUCGGCUUGUGAAUGUAUCACGGGAGAUGGCUAUGAAAAAACUAUAUUUUCAAUCAAUCGUCAAUUUCCUGGCCCAAGUAUACAGGUCUGUCAACACGAUAAAAUUAUAGUUGACGUAGAAAAUGCAGCAGAAGGUACAGAUACAACAAUCCAUUGGCACGGAGUUUUCCAAAAGAAUUAUCAAUAUUAUGACGGUGUACCUCACAUAACUCAAUGUCCAAUUUCAGCACCUAAUACAUUUAGAUACCAAUUUGGUGUGGAAAAUGCUGGAACACAUUUUUAUCAUUCUCACUCAGCAUUAUAUAUGAUGGAUGGACAACAGGGACCUUUGAUAGUACGUUCGCCUAAGAGUCAGGAUCCUAAUAGAAAUUUGUACGACGAAGAUACAUUUGAUCACGUGAUAUUUUUGAGCGAUUGGAUGCAUUCAUUAGCAAUAGAACAUUUACCUGGAACAUUUGCUGUGAAGCCUGGUCAAACUCCUGAUAAUUUUCUUAUUAAUGGUCUAGGACAGUACACGGAUCCAAAUACAGGUACAACAAGUAAUACACAACUGGCAUACUUUAGCGUUGCUAGCGGUAAGAGAUACAGGUUCCGAAUGAUCAAUUCAUUUGGCACAGUAUGUGCGUCAGAAUUCUCUAUACAAAAUCACAAAUUAACUGUAAUUGCAACUGACGGUGAAGAUAUACAGCCAGUGGUAGUUGAUAAAAUUAUUAGCCUUACAGGUGAACGUUAUGAUUUUGUUUUGAACGCCAAUCAACCUAGCAGUUCAUAUUGGAUUCAAUUGCGAGGUCUUGAUGAAUGUGCGGCCUUAAAAAUUUCCCAAUUAGCUGUACUCGUUUAUGACAACAAAGUAGUUUUACCGCAAGCAGCUAGACCUACUUAUGAUAAUCCUAUAAGCACUAAUACUGACAUUGAAUUGAAUUCGUUAACUGGCAGAGAUUGUGGCAGUCAAACAUUGACAAAUCGCAUUUGUAUAAAUCAAUUAAAGUACGCGAAAAAUACACCCCAAACGGAACGAAAAACAUUCCCGGAUGUUCGUUUUUACUUACCUUUCAAUUUCUUUCAAUACAAAAAAUCAAUGUUUGCUCAAAACUCUGAAGAUAGGUUCUUUAUUGCCAAUGAUAGGACUGUAAUAACAAGUUUAGUUUCCAAUAUCAGUUAUUCUGAACCAGAUUCACCACCAAUAUCGCAAUACAACGGUUACGAACAGCUUUGCGGUCCUGAGAAAGUUUCUACUUGUACAACACCGUGCUUCUGCACACAUGUUCUAAAUAUUCCUUACAAUUCAUUAGCUGAAAUUUUGCUAUGUGAUGUAGAUGCGAGUCAAGGCUUACAUCAUCCCUUCCAUUUACACGGUUACAGUUUCCAGGUGAUGGCGAUAAGAGAAUUUAAUGGUAGUAAACCCAAUCUGACACAACGAAGUGAAUUCCUUCGAGACUACGACGCAGGUCUUAGAAGUGGUAGAUAUAAUCAACAAGCAAGAAAAGAUACCAUUAAAAUACCGGUUGGAGGUUGCGCGAUUAUACGUUUCUAUACGGAUAAUCCAGGAUGGUGGCUAUUUCAUUGUCAUUUCUUAUGGCAUACGGUAUCAGGUAUGGACGUAGUUGUUCAUGUAGGUGAUGAAUCAAAUAUGCCACCGGUACCACAAACUUUCCCGGUUUGUGGUAGUUACAAGCCGGAGGUGUAUAUUUAAAAUAUUCAAAAUCCAAAGAUUGCUGUAACAAAGUUUAUUCAUACUAAGCUAUCCAAUUUCUGACUACUGAUAU